AUGAGCGAGGAGUACAGCAACUGCACCGAAGAACCCUACGGCAACUUCUCCACCAUCUUCGGUUCCACGGACGUGCCCCAAUGGGAGGCCAUUGUGACGAUAUGCACGCUAUCCUUCUUCAUCCUGCUCACCGUUGUCGGCAACAUCUUGGUCAUACUCAGCGUGUUCACCUACAAGCCGCUUCGGAUAGUGCAGAAUUUCUUCAUAGUGUCUCUGGCUGUUGCCGACUUGACGGUGGCCAUUUUGGUGCUGCCUCUGAAUGUGGCUUACAACGUGCUGGGAAGAUGGAUAUUCGGUAUACACAUCUGCAAGAUGUGGCUGACUUCGGACGUCCUCUGCUGUACAGCUUCCAUCCUGAACCUCUGCGCUAUAGCUCUGGACCGCUUCUGGGCCAUAACAGACCCCAUCAACUACGCCCAAAAGCGUACCGUCAAACGGGUACUGGUCAUGAUAGCAGGCGUAUGGAUCCUCUCUCUCCUAAUCAGCUCACCUCCCCUGAUAGGAUGGAACGAUUGGCCCUCGCCUGAGGUCUUCGCAGAACGUCAGGUCUGCUCGUUGACCAAACGGCAAGGCUACGUCAUCUACUCCUCCUCAGGCUCUUUCUUCAUCCCGCUGUUCAUCAUGACCAUCGUCUACGUGGAGAUCUUCAUAGCCACCAAGCGGAGGCUCAGGGAACGCGCUCAGGCCGCCAAGGUCAAUCUGUCCAGGAACCCUUGCAAGAACGCUGAAGAGCAGCAGGACAGAGAGAGCCUCAGCAGCGAGACCAACCACAACGACCACUUGGAAGCGAACGGGAAAUCCAAGACGAAAGCGAAGAAGAAAUCCAAGUCCGAAGCUGAUAAGAACACGCUCAGGCCUAUACUGGCUCAUGAGGACUCCUACACGGAUGUGGGUGAGAAUUCUUCCGGUUCUAAUAGAAAAGGGUCGGGACAAAACAAGAGUACGGGGUCUGGUACCACCGUAACCGUUUCCAGUGCCAAGCCUACUGCCAAAGUGGUACUGAGCGAUCCGAACAAGAGGCCGGGGUUGGUCUAUCAGUUUAUUGAAGAGAAGCAGAGGAUUUCUCUUUCUAAAGAGAGGCGAGCUGCGAGGACUUUGGGAAUUAUAAUGGGGGUUUUCGUGGUUUGUUGGUUGCCGUUUUUCUUGAUGUAUGUGAUAAUUCCGUUCUGCUCAGUGUGUUGCCCGUCGAGUAGGCUUAUCAAUUUUAUAACGUGGUUGGGUUAUGUUAAUUCGGGACUAAAUCCGAUCAUUUAUACUAUUUUCAAUAUGGACUUCCGGCGGGCGUUUAGGAAAUUAUUGGGUCUAACGCCGAAUUAA